AUGGACUCGGCUGCGGGGGACGCUGGGGCAGCCCGAGCAGCGCGGGGAGCAGCAGCAGGAGCAGCAGCGGCGCCAGACGCGCAUCAGGGACCCUUCCAGCGGCUUCUAGGUUUCCUGUCGAAGGACCUGAAGGCGUCGUUGGCGCUGGAGGAUUCGGGAGAGCCUCCCGCGUGCGCUCCGCCUGCGCCCGCGCGCCCGGGCGCCGCAGCAGCAGCAGCAGCAGCAGCAGCAGCAGGAGCAGGAGCCCCCGGAGGCGCAGCAGCAGCGGGGGGCGGCGGGGCGGGGGAGGCGUGCGUGGACUGGGGCUCGCUGUGCAGGCACUUGGCCGAAGACGCGUUUGCAGCGUGCUGCGCGUCGCUGAGCAUGUCACCACUGGUCAUGCUGGUGGACCGGGCCAUUGUGGCGAGCACCACGGGGGGCGGGGCGCUGUCUGCGUGCCUGCGGCGGGGCCUGUCUGCUGCUGCGCGCCGCCCGCUCGCGCUGCUGCGCAGCCAGGGCUUUCAAGUGGUCUUUGGGGUCUACGCGGGGACUUACAUGGCGGCCAACGCCGCAGAAACCAUCAGCAGCGCAGUGGGCAGCACGGCUUCUUUGCCCAAGCUGGCCUGCGCCACUCUCUCCAACAUUUUCCUCUGUGUCCGCAAAGACAUCAUCUUUGCCAAGCUCUACGGGGCCCCCGAGGGGCCCCUGGGGGCCUCCCGAAGAGCCGUGCCUGCUGCUUCCGUGGCUCUUUUCUUAGCCCGAGACGGGCUCACGAUUGCUUCCGCGUUCACAGUGCCCCCCCUGAUUGCUGCCUCUCUCGAGUCCUGGGCCCAAGAAGCAAAGGGCCACGCGCAGCAGGACCCCCCGCAGCAGCAGCAGGACCAGCAGCAGCAGCAGGACCAGCAGCAGCAGCAGCAGCAGCAGGAGCCCGCGGCGGCGGGGGAGCCCUGCAGCCGCCGCGGCGCUGCGCGGGGCGAGCUGCAGGGGGGGCUGCUGCAGCCGCUGCUGCUGUGGCGGCCGCAGCUGGCGCUGACUGCAGCACAAGUCUUGUCCCCAGUGUCUGUACAGCUGCUGUCCACGCCGCUGCACCUCCUUUCCCUCGACAUUUACCACCGCCCCAAAGCCCCCGCCUGGGAUCGUCUCAAAGUCGUAUCCAGCACUUACGGGCCCGCAGUGGUGGCCAGAGCUGCCCGCAUAAUCCCCGCCUUCGGCGGCGGCACUCUCAUUAAUGGCCGCAUCCGCAGCUGCCUCGCGGGGCCCGAGGCUGCCGAGUGCUCCUCCCCCGAGGCCCCCCUCUAG